UGUAUCGCACAUUCGCACCAUAUCUCGUGAUUGGUGAUUCGGUAUUAUUUUUUUCUCGAUUCCAAACACGUUUUUUUCUGUCUACGUCGAUUGGUUCCUCAAUGCAGUGAUUGGGUUUCGCAUUUUCAUCUGUGUACGUAAUACGGGACGCGUAGGUACCGACCGAUAAACGACCAUAGAUAUGUCUAAUAACGCAGCGCCGGACUCUUGGGAGGAAGACGAAUUAACAGAUUCGAGUGCCGCUGAUUUGCAGCAGAAGCUCAUCAAACUAAACGUAAACGCGGUGGAGUUUAUUCCGUCGUUUACCUCGUUUUCGUCCAAGUCCGACGAUGUUGACGGAGGCCCCGAAGAUGAGACUGCUGGUGGUGGUGACAAGAAAACGACCAACGUGGAUGGCAUAGGAGACCCGUUGGCUGGUGACACCGGCGGAGGGGCUUCAGCUGCUGUGCUUGACUCAUGGGAAGAUGGUGCGUCCAGUACUCCCGAGGACGGAACUGCCAAACCCAUUAUUGAGAUUGAUAAUGAUAUCGACAUUGACGUUGAUGUGGAUGGUGAAGAUGAAAAACCUAAACCCAUUGCUAAAAAAGCUAUUGAAGAAUCUGAACCAAAACCUAAAAAGGAACAUAUCAAUAUAGUGAUUAUUGGGCACGUAGAUGCUGGAAAAUCAACAAUUGGUGGCCAAAUAAUGGCACUUACUGGUAUGGUUGAUAAAAGAACUCUAGAUAAAUAUGAAAAAGAAGCAAAAGAAAGAAGCAGAGAAUCCUGGUACUUAUCAUGGGCAUUAGAUACUAAUCAAGAAGAAAGAGAAAAGGGCAAAACAGUUGAAGUUGGCCGAGCAUAUUUUGAAACCGAGAGAAAGCAUUUUACAAUAUUGGAUGCACCUGGUCAUAAAAGUUUUGUACCCAAUAUGAUUGGUGGUACUGCUCAAGCUGAUUUAGCUGUUUUGGUUAUUUCGGCUCGUAAAGGUGAAUUUGAAACUGGAUUUGAUCGAGGUGGUCAAACCCGAGAACAUGCUAUGUUAGCAAAAACAGCCGGUGUUAAACACAUGCUGGUGUUAAUAAAUAAAAUGGAUGACUCAACCGUCCUGUGGUCAAAAGCUAGAUAUGAAGAAUGUAGAGACAAAAUUUUACCUUACCUGAAAAAGCUCGGAUUCAAUGUAGCCAAAGACUUAACAUUUAUGCCCGUGUCUGGUCAAACUGGUUUAGGACUAAAAGACCAGGUUGACGAAUCUAUAUGCCCAUGGUAUAGAGGGCCAGCUUUUAUUCCAUUUAUUGACAAUUUACCUUUAUUAAAUCGUAGUUCAGAUGGUCCUUUUAUAAUGCCUGUUGUAGAAAAAUAUAAAGACAUGGGAACUGUACUCAUGGGUAAAGUAGAAUCAGGCGAAGCAAGGAAAACACAAACUCUAGUGUUAAUGCCAAAUAGAACAACUGUUAUUGUUGAUCAAUUGUGGUCAGAUGAUGAAGAAGUUACCUCGGUUGGACCAGGUGAAAAUAUUAAAGUUAAACUAAAAGGAGUUGAAGAAGAAGAUGUUUCUCCUGGUUUUAUUUUAUGUGAUCCAAUUAAUCCAGUUAAAACAUGUCGUAUAUUUGAUGGACAGGUUGUCAUAUUAGAGCAUAAAAGCAUUAUUUGUGCUGGAUAUUCAGCAGUUAUGCAUAUACAUUGUGUUGCUGAAGUAGUAGAAGUUAAGGCAUUAAUAUGCUUAGUUGAUAGAAAAACUGGAUUGAAAUCAAAUAUGAGGCCAAGAUUUGUUAAGCAAGAUCAAGUAGUCAUAAUGAGGCUUGAAUGUUCAGGUGUUGUUUGCCUUGAAGAAUUCAAACUUUUCCCCCAAAUGGGUAGAUUCACACUUCGAGACGAAGGUAAAACUAUUGCUAUUGGAAAGGUGUUGAAAAUAAUUGAAUAGAUGAGCUUAUUUAUGUUGAAACCUAGUAAGUUGAAAACGUUGGGCGACAUAUAUAUAUAUUUUAUAACUUAAUUUUUUUCAUUUAUUUUUUAUGAUAAAAAAAAAAAAAAAUGUUGAACUCAAAAAAAAAUAUGCUGAUCCUUUUAUUAUAUAAGAAAUCUAAUAUUUAUAUAGCCACAUUUAACGGACACUUGUUAUUGUUGAUUGAUAGUUAAUGUGUGCCUUAUACCAGGCAGUUUUUUUUUUUUUACAUAGCUUGUACAUGUUAAAUAAUUACAUAGACUAUGUAAAAGAAAAAAAUGUUACUAAUAAUUAUAUUUAUCUCUAAAUCAUUGAACUGCCAUCUAUGUCCUUGUAUAAGCUGUACAAUUUGUCUGAUUACAAUUUGCAACAGUAAUAACACUACUGAAAGCACUUGGCUUGCUCACGGAUAUGGGUUAUACUUUUUGUAUUCUUGCGCAAAUAUGACAAUUAUACACAUUAAGUUAUAUAAAUUUGUAUGACAAGCAACUCAUGUCUUACUUGGACCUAAAUGUACUCUAUACAUGAAGAAUUGUCUGACUAUGCUAUCUGAUGUGUAACUUUCAUAUUUAAAUAUGUUUUGUUGUUAUCGAAGAAAGUCCAAGUGUUAAAUUUAAUUAAAAAUGUGUCCAUUAAGACUUUUGUAACCAACUUUUUACAUAAUUUAUUAUAUUUCAUUAAUUUGUGUAUAAUCUACAACCAAUAACUAUUGAAUCAGAUAAAGAAAUAAGAUUAAAUAUAUUCAUUAUUAUUAUUUCAGACAAUAAAACGAUUAUUUUCAGCUAUAAA